AUGGAAAGUAUUUUGCUCCAAGUGAAAAUAUUUGAUGUAUAUAUUUUUACGUUUCUGACAUGGAAAACCCGGGCAAAUCAAGGAUGAAAGAGAAAUCUUGGACAAUAUCAACAACACAAUCAAACAACGAAUGAUUCAUCUCUGAACGUCCAACACCCUAAAUCCAUUAUUCAGCUUCUUCUGUCAAUGAUAAUGGAUUCAAGCUAAUCCUUUUAACCUCUUCUUACUUCUCUUCGAUAGACGUCCCAAAAAUCCAUUUUUUGCUCGCGCGGACCGUUAACCUCAGUUGGUCCUCCGCGAUGGAAUCGGCUCUUUCGAUGUGCAUCAGACGAUAGAAGCUCCCAGCAGCAGGUUUAAGGAUAAACAUUGAUUGUAGAAGAAAGCUGCCAAUGGACACUGAGUUCCUAAUGAGAGAUAAGCUUGUUCUCCGAGGUUUGAUGUUCCAUGGUUUUCAUGGUGUUCUCGAGGAGGAGAAGAAAUUGGGUCAGAAAUUCUUGGUUGACAUAGAUGCAUAUUUGGAACUUCAAAAAGCUGGUGACACUGAUAACUUGGAUGACAGUGUGAGCUAUGCAGAUAUUUACAACCUGGCUAGAGAGGUUGUUGAAGGACCAUCGUUCAAUCUUUUGGAGUCUGUUGCUACCAAGAUUGUCAAAGAUAUUUUUGCAUCCUAUCGGCAAAUUUCUGCAGUUCGUGUGAGAGUUGGAAAGCCUCAUGUGGCUGUAAAAGGCCCUGUUGAAUAUUUAGGUGUUGAGAUUUAUCGGAGCCGGACAAAUAUGAAGUGAUUGAUUCCUUCUCUUUCCAGAGGAUGCUUUUAUUUUUAGUGAUCUUUGCACAGGAAGACGAGAUCAAUCCUCUUUUUUUAAUGUCUUCUCUUUCCCCAGAACGCUUUUAUCUCUGUGGUUCUUUGCGUUUCAGGAACAGUACAAGAUUGGCUCCUCUUUUGUUAUUUGUCAAUGUAACUAAGAUCCAUCUAGCUCACAAUGUUCAGAAAUUGGGUUCUCCAUUCUUCAAAUGUUUGCUUUAUUCC